UUGAUAAACACAAAUCUAAUCAUAAAUGAUACGACUACAUUCUUCGGACUAUAUUUUAUUGUGCUUAAAAAACGCUGUCUAGCGUCUAGAUUUGGUUAAGACCGAUUAUGGGCAGCCAUGAAACUCAUUCCCCAUCUUUCAUACUGUAUUUAACUAGCAAAUUCAAGCAAUUUCAGUUACACCCAAAAACAGAAAAAAGCAAAGAAAAAGAAACUAGUUCAAUUCCCUAACCUAUACUUAACUACAAAUUCAAUUCCAUCAUCAUCUCCCACUCCCCCAACUCGUCCAUAGCUAUGGAGAUCUUUCAGAAAGCGAAGGCCGUCCGGCUGAGGAGCCACCUGAACAAGUACUUAGUAGCGGACGACGAUCAGCAGCACACGCGGCAGAGCCGCAGAGGCGGCGCGUCGAAGAAAGGCCGGUGGUGCGUAGAGUUUGUGGAGGGAAGCAGCCAACUGAUUCGCCUCAAGAGCUGCCACGGCCGCUACCUGAUGGCCUCCGACGUCGCGCUGCUCCUCGGCAUGACCGGAAACAGGGUGCUAUUGACAGAGCAGCAAAACGUGAAAGAUCUGCGUAUUGAGUGGCAGCCUGUCAAGGAUGGAUUUCAGGUAAAAUUGAGGAGUUACGGCGGAACGUUUUUGCGGGCGAACGGCGGGACGCCGCCGUGGAGGAACUCUGUAACGCAUGAUAGUCCUCAUACGACUUCGACGAACAACUGGAUUUUGUGGGAUGUGGAGACGGUUGAGGUGCCGGAAAACGAAAUAUUGACGGAUUCCUUUUCCAAUGCUUCUAGCUUUUCAUCGAUAUCUGAUGAAUUUCCCGAUUUGGAUACGAAUUCGCCGGUUUCCGUACAGUCAAGUUUUUCAACUAAG